UUAUCGAGUCUUUUUUCUCUUCCCAUACAAGCAGUCAAACGACUUUCGCCUCUCGCCUGUUCAUGACAUCGACGCCCCCGGCCACCGCGCCAACCUCUACGAAAGCUGAGAAGCCCACCCUUACAGGUGCUCGAAUCAAGCAGAGAAAGGGAGUCGUCAAGUCGCAAGCCAAGUUUGAGCCCGAAACCUUCCGCGAUCAGCUCCUCAAGUUUCUCGAAACAGUCCCGCAAGACGAUUUUGAUGGAUACGUAGCUGCGCUCGAUAAGGGUGGCAAUACCCUCGAAUACCGCAAAUACUGCGACCAACUCUUUGAGAUUCUCAUCACUGGCGGCCUUCUCGCUCCAGGAGGCUCGUAUCUGGAUGAAGAUGCGCCCCUUUCGCCCUUUAGCAUCUUUGGUGCAAAGAGCACCGAGGUCAAAGACGUGAAGCCCUAUGUGGAUACCAUCGAAAAGGUUAUCCGCCGCUACAAAUUUCUUCAGAAGCCCCUCGAGGAGUCGAACCUGUCAGCAAUCAUCCAGUAUUUGCCUCGUUUCCAGGAGGAACAGCGCAAAAAGCUUGCUGUCGCCACGGCUCUCAUGAUCAACAUGUCGCUUGUCUCGACUAGCGUCCUCUUGACUCUACAGAAGGAGCAUCUCAUCAAGGAUGAAACUGCUCUGCGCUUCAUCGAGGAUGUCUUCAGGACCUACUUGACCGAGGGCACGGCCGACCAGCUCGGCUCGAGCCUGCGCAAGGGCGGCAUCAGGGACCCGCUCCUGUUCUUCCCACAGACCCGCCGGUCGCAGCCAGGGCUCGUUGCCACCCACUUCCGCUCGGUCGGACUGGGCCCCGUGGCUGACCACUUCCAGAAGCGCGCUCAGCGGGAUGCCCGCGAUAGCACGGUCGCUCGUCUCAAGGAGAUGAGCGCUGACGAGGAAAACACCAGCGUCGAGGAAAUCAUCGAGUUCCUCAAAGAGCAGAGGGCAAAGACUGGCUUCACCCUUGACGAGCUCGCACCCCUGGUCUGGGAGGGCCUCAUGUCGGGCAAGGAAUGGAGCAAUCGAGCCGACCAGGUCGAGGGCCAGGCCUUGCGAGAGGUGGCUGAAAUCACGCCCAUCCUCGAGACGGUCUGCGCCAACCCAAAGAGCGAGAUCGCCCUCAUCAAUGCCAUUCAGGUCUUUUGCUACGAUGAGGCUCGCCUCAUGAAGGCUUUUCCCAACAUUCUCAAGGUCCUCUACAACAAGGACGUCAUCUCCGACCAGGCUAUCCUCUACUGGGCCCAAAAGGGUGCCAAGCCCCAAGGCAAGGCGCAAUUCCUAAAGGCCACGGAGCCCCUCGUCAAGUUCCUUGAGGAGCAGUCCGACGAGGAAGAGGAGUAGGCUGGCGACAUGCUGUCGCGCAUCAAAAGGGAAUGGAGGGAUGAGACUUCCCCCGGGCUUCGACACAAAUGUUUAUACUACACACAGCCUAAAUUACAAAGACUGUCUCGUCAGAGUCUGUUGUUCAGGAGAUGA